AUGGACAUGCUAAUUGGACAAAAUAACCCACAACGUCCCAAUCAAGAUCUUUCUAACUUUAUAGAGCAGCUUUGUCUAACAAACCUUAUAACGAACCCUACUAGAGUGACAAAAUCUACCAAGAGCCUGCUUGAUGUCAUAUUAGUGUCUCAUCCAGACAGGUUUGUCACAAGUGGUAAUUUGCAUUUGGGAAUCAGUGACCAUGACUUAAUAUACGUUGUUAGAAAACAAAAACUUCCGAAAACAAAGGCCAAAUCUAUUGAAUUCCGUUCAAUAAAGAAUUUAAAUCAUGCUGCUUUCAAAACCGAUCUUGGGACAAUCCCUUGGGAUAGCUCAUAUAUAUUUGAGAAUGUGGAUGACGUUUGGCAUCAUUGGGCAAGCUUAUAUUCAUCUGUGCUUGACAAACAUGCACCAGUGCAGAAAAUACGCUUCAGAACUAAUCAGUUACCUUGGAUAAAUCCAAACAUUCAGAAACAAAUGCGCCUUAGGAAUCGUUUGUAUAAGAAGUUUCGUCGAUUUUCUACUGAAGCGAACUGGUUAAAUUACAAAGUACAACGUAAUAAAGUAACAUUGUUAAAAAGGGAUGCAGUUAAAAAUUACUGUUCCGAUGCGGCUUUUUGCACAUUGUCUCGUUCUGUCGGCCAAUUUUGGAAAAAAAUGAAACCUCUGCUACCGACCAGCAAAUCUAGUGUUGACACUUCAGUAAUAAAUCUAUUGGAAGAAGGCAAAGUCGUAACUGAGCCUAGUGCUGUUUUUAAUGAUUAUUUCUCUAAACCAGUUGUUGAGGACACUAUACUGAAUAUGUCUGAGCAGGAUUUCAUGAAUCAUAUGAGUGUAAAGUCGAUCACGAAUCGUUGUUAUGACUUUGACUUCUCUUUCCAACAAGUUAACACUGUUUAUAUUACUGAUCUACUCUCAAAUCUGAAUGAAAGGAAAUCCACUGGUCCUGAUGGAAUUUCUCCCAAGCUUCUGAGAAUAUCUGCUUCUGUUAUCGCCGAACUGUUAGCAAACUUGUUUAACUAUUGUAUCGCAAAAUGUGCAUGGCCAAGGGAAUGGAAGUGUGGCGAUGUUACUGCGGCUCAUAAGAGGUGA